AUGGCCAACACUUCAUGUGCUCUCCUUAUAGAUGGCUCAAGCCAAAGGAUGGAUGCACUGAAGAUAGGGCAUCCUAAGACCAGAGAAGUUCUUGAUGAGAAAACUGAAAAAGAGGUGUGUGGAAGUUCAAAGCAAUCUGAUGAAAAUGAUUUUUAUACUCUGGAGGACCUUGAUCAGAUGGAGAAUAAAUCUUAUGCUUACAUGGCUAGGAAAUAUCCCAACAUCGGGAUCAAGAUAAACAAGUCUUUCAGAACAAGAUCGAUGAGUGAAAAUCAAGCUGGAUUCAGCAAAGGGAAAAAUGCUUAUACAAGAUCAGGAUCUGGAUCUGGGUAUAAGACUAGAAUUUGUUUUUCAGGGGAUGGAUUUGGCAAAGAACAGAACUUGCCUUCAGCAGAUGGAUUUGGCAAUGAACACAACUUGCCUGAGGGAGAUAUCAACUGGGCCACGUUGGAUUCAUGGUCUCAAGAACUGGAGUUGGCCAAAUUUGAUCAGGGAUCCACUGUUGAAGUUUCAGGAUAUGAAGGAGCAUCCGAUUUGCCUGAUAUAAAAGCUACAUUUAACGACCCAGAAGUGGAUGAAUUGAUUAAGAACGAAGCAUCCUGGGGUGUUGAAGCAGAUGCCAAUUUGGUGGUCAACCAAGACAACAUGGCGUUCAACCAACAAGAAGAUAAUGUGGUGGCUGAUGCACAUGGCAGUGGGGUCCAAGUAGUGGCUAAUCAGGUGCAUCCAGCUGUUAACACAUUUCAGUUGGCUCUUGAACAUCUAAGUAACAGUGAUGCUAGAAUCCGGGCUCUCAUUCAAGCACAUCCGCAGCUGCCAGUUUUUGAUGGCCAUGGGAUGACUACAUUUCAGAAGUUGAUUAGGGCUUUGAUUGAGGCAGGGGGCAGUCAAUCAACGAGGCCCACAAGAUUUCGUGAACUGGGUAACCUGUGCCAGAAUAAUGUAAAUCCUCAAUCCGUUGCUGGGCUAGGUGUUGAACAGCUCGUUGCAAUAGGUGUUCAUGGCCAAAAAAAAGCCACGGCUAUCAUUUCUUUUGCGUCUGCCUUCUUAGACAACACUGAUGAGGAGAUAGAUCAAGUAGCGGCAGAUACUAGCCCACUUCUCUACCGUAGGUUUUUGAACGUUAAACAAAUCGGACCCUACUCUGCACUAUAUAUGCUAAUUUUUGGAAUUGGGCGACUUGAUUUUAUGCCAGCUGGUGAAAAGGAUUUAAGAAGCAGAAUCCAGAGGCAUUAUCAUGGACAUGCAGAUGCCAACUAUGAGAAUUGGGAGCCCUAUCGAGGUUUGGCUGCAUGGUUGAUUAUGACUUAUGUGCAGAAAUAAGGAGGAGGGUGACUGGAUGAAGCAAACCGGUUGUUACUUGGAUUUACUUUGUUUUUGUUUUGAACUUGUGCACAAAGUUUGCCACUGGCUCGUCUCUAUACUAUGUAAAAAAUAUAAAGGUUGAAAUUGCUUGUA